AUGAACAUGUUCACGAAGUUCCAGAUUGCCGAUCCGCAAUUCCGAAAAAUCUUCGGAUUAACGUUUGGUAGCGGUAUUGGGGUCGUUUUGAAUGUCAAGGUUGAAAGCAAACUCAUAAAGCAGAAGGCGAAGUUGUAUGCCCGAAUCUCCGGCGAGAUCCUCUACGAGGAUACCGCACAACGCUACCACGACCUCCUCCAACGCUUCCGAAAUGUAGCCAACUUUGCGAUCAACUCCCACAAAAAGUACGAUCUUACAAGUCAGAAGCUGAGUACUUGGUCUGUCUGCAAAUCUUCAAGUCUAGACCCCCUUCUAGACCCCCUAGACGAGGUGAUUUGCAUGAUCAAGGGCGUGAUACAUUCGCGACAUGUAUCCUUCUAUGAAGACUGGUUACAAAACCCCCGGGACUUACUUUCAAUGGCCUUCCAGUAA